CAAGCUGAGGCAGCCAAUUUUUCCUCCUUUAGAGUUAAAAGCAGACUUGUCUUCCUAUUGCGGUCCUCGGAUCAAACUUCCACGGGGACGAUCGCGGCGUCCUCCACGACUCUGCCUGCUUAACAGCGAUAGCAGCGCGGAGAGGGCGGCGCCAACUACGAAGGAGAUCCCACGAAUCCAUCCCCCCUCCUCUCUUCCCUCUUUCCCAUGGCCGCCGAUCUCCUCUCCAUUCCCCAUCCACGCCACUCCUCUCCCCUCCUACCCACCAAAGGAAUCCGUCCCCGCGUCGCCACAGCUCGCCGACUCAACGGGAUCGGCUUCACCGCCGCGGCUGGGAAGAUGUCCGUCUCCUCCCACUCCCACACAUCGCCAGAAACCAGACGCUCCUUGUCUCAUCUUGCUCCGCUGGAAGCCAUACUGUUCGACAUCGAUGGCACGCUUUGUGAUUCCGAUCCCAUUCACUACUGUGCUUUCCGGGAGAUGCUGCAACAGAUUGGGUUCAACGAUGGCGUCCCCAUCACCGAAGAUUUCUACGUCGACAAUAUCAGUGGGAACCACAACGACGACAUCGCCCGGUCACUGUUUCCCGGUUGGGAUGAGGAGGCGACCACGAAGUUGCUGGACGACAAGGAAGCCAUGUACCGGAGGAUGGCGCCGGAGAAGUUGCAGGCGGUGGAUGGCCUCCACAAGCUGUGUAAAUGGAUCGAAGGACGUGGACUAAAGAGAGCUGCAGUGACUAAUGCUCCGAGGGCAAAUGCACAACUCAUGAUCUCGCUUCUUGGCCUGACCGAUUUCUUCCAGCUUAUAGUGGUUGGCAGUGAAUGCGAUAGACCAAAGCCAUAUCCUGACCCUUAUCUGAAGGCUCUCAAGGAUCUUGGUGCCUCCCCUAACCACACAUUUGUGUUUGAGGAUUCUGCGUCAGGGAUAGAAGCUGCGGUCGCAGCAGCAAUGCCUGUAUUGGGGUUGACGACAAGAAACCCGGAGCAGCUGCUGAUGGAUGCAGGAGCAACCUUCCUCAUCAAGAACUUCGAAGAUCCAAAACUCUGGGAGAACCUUGAGAAGUUAGUGUGACCAACUGGAACUCGAUCCUUCAUGUACUUUUACGCAUGCCUGUUGCAGGAAGCCAUGCAUGAAGAGACCCGUCAUGGAGUCAGACUUGAAGGAUGCAUGCUUAAAUUAUCCUCCUCUUUUUAUGUAAUGGUAAUUUAGCAUAUUACAAUGGAUAAUUUCACAUGAAGCAAACACAUACUUGGUGGAUUAA